AUGGCGAGGACUAAGCAGACAGCACGGAAAUCAACGGGAGGCAAAGCUCCCCGCAAGCAGCUAGCGACCAAGGCAGCCCGCAAGAGCGCUCCGGCUACGGGCGGCGUGAAGAAGCCGCACCGGUACCGGCCGGGUACAGUGGCCCUGCGGGAGAUCCGGCGCUACCAGAAGUCGACUGAGCUCCUGAUCCGCAAGUUGCCUUUCCAGCGCCUAGUCCGCGAGAUCGCUCAAGAUUUCAAAACCGAUCUGCGCUUCCAAAGUUUAGCCGUGAUGGCACUGCAGGAGGCAAGCGAGGCCUACUUGGUGGGGCUGUUCGAAGAUACCAACUUGUGCGCUAUCCACGCUAAGCGAGUCACCAUUAUGCCUAAAGACAUCUAUCUGGCGCGACGCAUCCGUGGCGAGCGCGCCUGA